AAGCUGCUAUAUUCUUUUUCCAUCACUUCCCUCUCCAAGGCUACAGCGAGCUCAGGGCUCUUCCCCACGCAGAAUGCCUGCUUUCCCUAGCGCUCCGCUGCCAUUGUCUAAUUUUCUCAUCCUGGCUGGGGAAAGGGAAGGCUGCAAGUCCUUCCGUUCGGAAGAACUCCAGUUGAAUGCAGCUUAGCUGCUGCUGGUGUUUCUUGACUAGCUGCUGUGGUCUCAGAGAGCUGCCUAUGAGUCUGUGGUUUCCCUGAGCUGCCUGAGAGUCUGUGAGUCUUUGGGAUCCGCCUACGGAUCUUUGGGCUCUGCCUGCAAGUCUAAGGAUUUGAAAGCUACCUGCGGGGCUGAGGUAUCCGGGAUCUGCCAGUGAUCUCCAGAAUCUUUCCAAACACCCUAAGUCUCAGAGGACUCUGCCUGCGUAUUUGGAAUCUGUUUGAGGCCUCUCAUAUCUCAGAGCGGGCGAUCUAGUGGAUCUUCUGCGGGUCAGAAGCGCUGUCUGCUAGCUGCUUUUCCUGCUCUCUCUUCUGGGAGGCGAAUCCUUGAGUCCGAGAUGGCAGCCACCCUGCUCAUGGCUGGGUCCCAGGCACCUGUGACAUUUGAAGAUAUGGCCAUGUACCUCACUCGGGAAGAAUGGAGACCUCUGGACCCUACACAAAGGGACCUUUACAGGGAUGUUAUGCAGGAGAAUUAUGGAAACGUUGUCUCCUUAGAUUUUGAGAUCAGGAGUGAGAACGAGGUGAAUCCGAAGCAAGAGAUUAGUGAAGAUGUAGAAUUUGGGACUGCCUCUGAGAGACCUGUUGGGAAUACUGAGGAAAAUCCUGAAAAUGAAGAGACUUUUGAAAGUGGGGAUAGACCAGAAAGACAGUGGGGAGAUUUAACAGCAGAAGAAUGGGUAAGCUAUCCUCUUCAACAAGUAACUGAUCUGCUUGUUCACAAGGAAGUCCACACAGGCAUCCGAUAUCACAUAUGCUCUCACUGUGGAAAGGCCUUCAGUCAGAUCUCAGACCUUAAUCGACAUCAGAAAACCCACACUGGAGACAGACCCUAUAAGUGUUAUGAAUGUGGAAAGGGCUUCAGUCGAAGCUCACACCUUAUUCAGCACCAAAGAACGCACACUGGGGAAAGGCCCUAUGACUGUAAUGAGUGCGGGAAAAGUUUUGGAAGAAGCUCUCACCUCAUUCAGCACCAGACAAUCCACACUGGAGAAAAGCCCCACAAAUGUAACGAGUGUGGGAAAAGUUUCUGCCGGCUGUCUCACCUAAUCCAGCACCAAAGGACACACAGUGGGGAAAAGCCCUAUGAGUGUGAGGAAUGUGGGAAAAGCUUCAGCCGGAGCUCUCACCUAGCUCAGCACCAGAGGACCCACACAGGUGAGAAGCCUUACGAGUGUAAUGAAUGUGGACGAGGCUUCAGCGAGAGAUCUGAUCUCAUCAAACACUAUCGAGUCCAUACUGGGGAGAGGCCCUACAAGUGUGAUGAGUGUGGGAAGAAUUUCAGUCAGAACUCCGACCUAGUGCGCCAUCGCAGAGCCCACACAGGAGAAAAGCCGUACCACUGUAAUGAAUGUGGGGAGAAUUUCAGCCGCAUCUCGCACUUGGUUCAGCACCAGAGAACCCACACUGGGGAAAAGCCAUACGAAUGUAAUGCUUGUGGGAAAAGCUUCAGCCGGAGCUCUCAUCUCAUCACACACCAGAAAAUUCACACUGGAGAGAAGCCGUAUGAGUGCAACGAGUGUUGGCGAAGCUUUGGUGAAAGGUCAGAUCUAAUUAAACACCAGAGAACCCACACAGGAGAGAAGCCCUACGAAUGUGUACAGUGUGGAAAAGGUUUCACUCAGAGCUCCAACCUCAUCACACAUCAAAGAGUUCAUACGGGAGAGAAGCCUUAUGAAUGUACCGAAUGUGAGAAGAGUUUCAGCCGGAGCUCAGCUCUUAUUAAACAUAAGAGGGUUCACACUGACUAAGUCCUGUAAUUACAAGAAAUGAUUCAUUUGAAGGUACAAUUUUGACAUCAAAGAGCUCUCUCAACACUGAGCUUCUUUUACCAUACUGAAUUUCCUUGUGGGCCACGGUUAAAAGCAUCAAAGAAGAUAAGCCAUUUGCAAUUCUGACCCACAACUCUGGGAAUGUUAUCCCCUCCUCCAAAGUAGUGAUUUUUAUUCAUUCGAGAUUAAUGAAGUACUUCAUCAAAAUCAGCCCCACAAAUAACUGGGAAUCUGAAGCCCAGGGAAUAAAUGCUGGUAAAUACUCAGGCCUGGAAAUGGAGUAAAUCUUUAAAAGCUAUUUCUCUCAUCCUUGGCCCAAAGAACUAUGCUAGGGGGAAAUGUUGGACUGUAAUAGGGUGGUCACAGCUGCUUCAGAAAAAGACAACCAGAGACCGCAUGAAUUGCCACACCUAUUCACUCUCCAUAGUAGUUGGGCACACACAUCUUCCCCUUCAAAAGGCUUUUUUCUUGAGUUGCUCCUGCAUUUGUAUCUUUCCAUCUUCCUGAGAGCAGGACUCUGCACGAUGAAGGCAAUGAUCAAAACUUUUUUCCUCAUUGUUUCUAAUUUAACUUUAUUAAAGCUUGCAUCUUUGCAAAAGCUAACUGAAGAUACAGAUUGAAAGGAAAAAUGAGACACAGGUUUGGGGACCAAGGACUCAUCAGUGGUGGUGACUUUAGCAAGAGAUGCCCACUGUUGUUAUUGCCAUUAAUCAAAAUGUAUUCAUUUUCUUUGGGGAUCACUGUAGGGAACAUUGUAGGGAAAAUAUCUUCAAGGAAAGCUAGGACCAUACUGAUGGUGGAGUAUAAGGAGCAAGUGGGAUUGACCACUUCAGGGAAGGAAACACAGAAUUCCUCCCCAAGGAACACCACCGGUCCUUUCUGUGUUCUUCCCCCUCUACCCUUUAAGAUCAACUCUCCUUAUACUGCUAACUCUAGCAUUUGCUAAGGGCCACAUCCCACUGUUUAUCUUGGCUUGCAUAAGGGCAUGUGUAAUGUACAGUAAAACGUGUAUUCCUGUAAUUUUUCCAGUAGUGGAAGCUGAAUUCACACAGAAUUAGCAUGUUCUUGGGUGAUGUUGAUCAUGUGACAGAACUACAGACAACUCCAAUGUGAGAAAUGUCCUUUUGGUUUCAUUUUUUCUAAGGAAAAAAUUUAAACACUAGUGCUCUAGUGUGCACUCUCCUGUAAGAUCUGUCUUUGUACAGAACUAAGCACUUGUUUAUGUGUAUCAGUCAAUUGUGGGAGAUAAUGACCAGACAGAGAGGUUGAUUGUCCUGUUCUCAGACUGAAUUAUCUUCUCUUUGGGCUAGUCACAAGGAAUUAAUAAACCUAGGUAGGAAUGUAUUUCCAUCCUCUCAGUCUACAGAUACAUGUGGUUAAAAUGAGAGUUGACCCAAUUUAAGCCUGUUAGUGUCAGUUCUCCUUAUCCCAGCCCACCAUAGGAAUUAGGAAAUACCCCAGAUAUUGAUGCUCACCCAGGUAUUUGGGGGUGGCAGUGUGAGGGGACUAGAGUAAGGAAUAUAUAUUUUUGAGAGUGCCCCCAAAUUCUUUCUACUGUGCUUUAUUGUGAGUGUUGUAACAUUUGAAAAACACUUCUGCCAUAGCUCUUUUGGACUUGGUGUGUUAAGGAGCCAGUGGUCUCUCGGGUAGUCUACUAAAAUGAGUCAUCAGGACCCACAACUGUGUGGGACUGCAUCCUUUGCAGUGACACAGCCCUGAAAGUAACAAAAUGAAACACCACUCCAUCAAGGAGGUUUCUUUAUUAUGUUGCCCCUCCUACUGAAAUGCAAACAUGGGCAGGGAGCAUGUUUUGUGUUCUAUACAGAAUCUAGCUGACUGUGGGUAUUCAUAUUUUAAUUGUUGAAUGACUUACAUGUUCUUGAUGACUAAACUCGAAUAUGUCUUUUCCUGUAUCAGUGUUGCUAAUGUUUUAAAUGAAUAUCGAGGUUCUCCUGUUGUGUCUGUGAGCCACAAUGGGCAUCAGCUUUGGAGUGGCCACAGAAGACAGUAUCCUCAUGACCCAAGUGUAUAUCACUCCCUUUUUCUUCCCCACUCUCCUGCCCCACCCCAACCUGUUCCUGCUGCUGCUUUUGGCUUCUUAGAGGUGAGUGGCCCAAGAAGAGGCUUCUAAGUGCCCCAGCCAUCUCUCCAUAUGUGUACACUUCAGCUGGGAAGUUAAAAGGGCAAGGGCCAGACCAGCUGUUUCCUCUUUUACCCAACUGCUGCCCAUUUGCUGUGUUGAACUUUGUGUGGAACUUAUGCAUCAGACUCUCCUUGCUAAUGCUUUUUGCAUGUCUUCUGCUCCCAAGUCUCUGGCUGCCUCUGCACACGCCCUGAACACUUUGUGCCUGUUUUCUAUGGUUGUGGAGAGUGAGUGAACAAGUAAGCGUGUAGAGCAGUUUUUCGUAUGGUAUUGGUCGCAGUUAUGCUAGUGUCUAUCUACAUCUGUAUUCUAACAAUAUUCUAUAAUUAAAAGUGUAAUUUUUAAAAAUCAAAACACUGAGAAUUAUUUUAGUAAUCCAGCACCGAUUCCUAAAAUGGCAUUUCAUCAGAUUCAUUAAAAUGGGGCACGAUUGUGUUGACAUUAAUGCAUUUGUACAAAUGUUCUUGUGGAAAUUUGGGAGUAUAUUGUUUUCACACAUUGGUGAGCCCUCUGGAUAUUGCCAUACUUUGGGAAGAUGCAAAAAUCUGGAUAGUUUCCUAUGAAGAUUGGGCUGGUGGCAGAACAGCAUGGAAAUAUUUGGUUAUGAGUGCCUCAUUAGCUUUGGAGAAGGAAAAAACAAACACGUCCAAAAGCAGAAAUGAGAGGAGGCCUUGUUGCUUUAAGGAGAUAUUUUUGGGUAUCUGUUGAGAAUGCUAAAACAAUUUCUACUGAACCAGUAUUGGGAUCCCAGAACAGAUACCUCUUAGAAACAGUCAAAGGCCCUCUGUUCAUGACAGAGUUACAGUUUGCCUAAGGUAGUGAUUAUGUAUUACUAGGGUGGGGCCACAAUUUUCAAAUUACUUACAAGCAAUUUUCUCUUAUGAAACCUUUCUUUAAAGGGAAGGCCAGUCUGGGCAGAGGUAGGGAGUAGAAGUGCUUUAAAUUGGGGGAAAACAAACAUAGGGAAGAAAACUACAACCCUAUAGCCAGGACUUGAAAAGAGAUUUUAUCAAAAUCUUUUUAAAAAUUCAAUUUUUCCUUUCUACAUGUUCAACAACUUUUAUUUCUGGGAGGAAAAGUUAAAGGAAAACGCGGGCUCACCUGGAGCCUCCUCUCUAAGCGUAUUUGAUAUGUUAAUACGUCGCCAUUAUUAUAAUGGAGCAGACUUCCUUCUGUGUGCUGUGUUCUCUAAGAGGCUAGGUUAGGGCUUUGCUUCCAGGCCACUAGGAUACGGAUGAAUGCACUGAAAUGAUAAUUUGUUAAGGGGUUCCCUACUGUUUCAAAAGUUGGUAUUAUUUGAAAGGGAGUUCCUAUGCCCUGGGAGAAAUGGGCUUUUUGAAGCAUUGGUUAGAUACCCAUCUCUACGGUGUAGCCUGGGCUACGGCUUAUCUACGGGAGACUUCAAGAUCAAAGGUCAUUAGUGAAAAACAAUUGAGGAAUGAAACUAAUAGAAGAAAAUUACCUCGUCAUGACCCAAAAUUGUUUCAUAGUUAAUCCCAUUUUUAAAUCUGUUUUCCUAAAUGCUUCAUGUUCAAAGUUUGUAUCAUUUUCAGCUUUUCCGAAGGUGGUUUUGUUUUUCCUUUCUGGGAGAGAUUGAGGCUGAUAACCUCAAAAUCUCACUUUGAGUUUCACAACAGCCCCUGCACCUAGCUGUCUCACAGACACCUCCGUUUGGAAAUUACCCAGGCACCUUAAAAUCAAACCCCAAACUGACCUUACCACUUUCUUCCGCCACCUCCCAGCUGCUUCUCUUGUAUUUCUUUCUUUCUUUCUUUCUUUCUUUCUUUCUUUCUUUCUUUCUUUCUUUCUUUCUUUCUUUUUAGAUUUAUUUAUUUGAGAAAGAGAGGGCGAGCAUGAGAGAGUGGGGGAGGGGCAGACAGAGGGAGAAAACCUUCAAGCAGACUCUCUGCUGAGGGGGGAACCCCGGGACCGGGACCACCUUACCACCCAUGAGAUCACAACCUGAGCGGAAACCAAGAGUCCAAUGCUUAACUGACUAAACCAACCAGGCACCCCUCCUGUAUUUCUUAACUCAGUCAUUGCCUAGUUAUCCAAGCUAGAAACUUGUAUAUCAUACUCAACAGCUCCCGUUCCUUUUGGCACCCUCCGCAAACCAAUAAAUAUUAGUGGAAUAGUCAUUGA